AUUUCAGUCAUGUAUGUUGGUCAUGUUGGAGAGCUGGCCCUCGCAGGUGCCUCCAUGGCCACUUCAUUCGCUUCGGUGACUGGUUUGAGCUUGACGAGAGGAAUGGGUAGCGCGUUAGACACGUUCUGUGGCCAGUCUUAUGGAGCAAAACAGUAUCAUAUGCUUGGCAUACACAUGCAGAGGGCAAUGCUUGUUCUUCUUCUCGUAAACAUUCCCCUUGCAUUUGUAUGGGCCAAUGCUGGCCACAUUCUUGAAUUCUUGGGUCAAGAUCCAGAAAUAUCAGCUGCUGCUGGCAACUAUGCUUGUUUCUUGAUACCUAGCCUUUUCGCUUACGCAAUCCUAGAAUCGCAUGCCAGAUUCCUGCAAACUCAAAACAAUGUGGUUCCUUUGAUUGUUAGCACAGGAGCUGCAACGCUUGUGCACUUGCUUAACUGUUGGGUUCUGGUAUACAAGACCAGCCUUGGAUACAGAGGCGCUGCUUUGGCAACCUCUGUCACAUAUUCAAUCAAUGCAUUGCUAUUGGGUCUUUACGUCAGAGUCUCUCCCUCUUGCAAGCUCACAUGGACUGGAUUCUCAAAGGAGGCCUUUCAUGGAAUUCCCAAUUUUUUAAAACUAUCAAUUCCUUCAGCUGUAAUGGUCAGCUUAGAAGUCUGGUCGUUCGAAAUGAUAGUGCUCUUAUCUGGUUUUCUUCCUAAUCCAAAGCUUGAAACCUCAGCCCUCUCAAUCAGCUUUAACACAUGUUUAAUGGUCUACAUGAUUCCCCUGGCUUUCAGUGGUACCGUAAGUACAAGAGUUUCAAAUCAAUUGGGAGCUGGGCAACCACGAAUUGUGUGUAUAGCAAUAUGCGUUGCACUAUCCGUUAUUGUUACUGAAGGCAUUGUGGUUGCUGCUGUCAUGAUAUUGGCUCGAAACGUUUGGGGUUACUGUUACAGCAGUGAAAAAGAGGUUGUGAAGUAUGUUGGAGAAAUGUUGAUUUUUGUUGCACUAUCCCACUUUUUCGAUGGACCUCAAUCUGUUCUUUCAGGUGUCAUAAGAGGAAGUGGGCAGCAAAAGAUUGGGGCAUAUGUUAAUCUGGGAGCCUAUUAUCUUAUAGGAAUUCCUACUGCAGUCUUAUUAGCUUUUGUGCAGCACAUCGGAGGAAAG